AUGGCUCCGCGGCGAGGAGGCGGCGGCGGUGCGGGCGCGGAUGUUUCCUCGUCAGGUCUGCGAGGCGGCUUGGCACCGCCUCCUCUGAAGCGCGUGCAGCCAUGGCUUGAGGAUGGGUCUGGCCAAUGUGACAUCGUGGCUGGCGGAGUCGAUGCUAGCGGCGUCUUCAAGGGAAUCUAUGUCAGUGGUGUGCACCUUGCAGCCCUGCUGCGCACGUUUCAGCUGUCCAAAGCGUUUCUCCCUGUGGAGACACCAACGCCAGUCCAAGCUCUAGGACAAUCCCUGCAGGAUGGCGUCCCUCUCGUAAUUGUGACAAGAGGGUGCUUUGGAAGGGAAAUGGACAUAGGGAGCGGACCUGCACGCAACGAUAUUCAAAAGGCAGUUUGGGAGGCUGCGCGACGAAUGAGAGCUGACAUGCCUCAAGUGCUUGUGACAUGCAUUGAUGUCCCUGUAGAUGCCGGGGCCGAGGUAGUGAACGCUUGCUUGCAAGCACCCCUGAACGAAUUCCGCGAGCUGCUUUACCAUGAGGGUGCCUGGUUUACACCUGCAGUGUACAAUGCGUCAAAGCUUGGCCAGUGGGUUUCCAACAACCCACGCGAGUUAAAGACCAAGGGAGGACUCAACUUCUCGAGGAAGAAGUUCGAGUGGAAUAACAAAGCGUACGAGAACAUGUUCUUGCUUGGCUGGAAGCCCGUCAUUGAGUCCUGA